AACUGCAUGUUUUAUUUUUUCGCAUUUUUGCAGUUAAAGGGGAAUUCAACAAUCUACAAUUCGACAACAUAUAUAUAUUAUUUUUGAAUGUAACUUAUCUUUCUCUGAUUAUUGAAAAGACAACCAUAAUUUCCACAACUUUUUAAAAUAGUGUGACGCUUAAAGCAACAAACAAAAGUGUUUUUCAAAUAAUAAUAAUAAUAUAAUAAUAAACCUGUCUUUGUGGAGUCAAAUCACAUUCUGUUUCAUUAUAAGAAUCAGAUGUUCACUCCCUGUAUUAACACUAAAUAUUUCACAACUGCAGCACCUGCCCUCCCUCCCUGCUCACUUCUACUGUAAUACAUUUACAGGGUACACCUAUUGAAGGGUGGGCGAGCCACGAAGUGAGCAAACGCAAUAUUUGACUAAUAAGGCAAGGUCACAGUUGUAGAGGUGCAGUUCCCUUUAUGUCUCAUCACUUGUAAACACAGGAAUUGUUUUAAUGACCAAGCCUUAUGCAGCCGAUAAGCAAAUGGCCGUGGACUCUGGAUCUCCUUGUUUACACUCCUAUAUAAACUUACAGCCAAACACAUCUGCACUGAAGGCGUGUUCUGGGGUAUUUGAGAAACAAAGCCUUAUAGGGCGGUGAAAACAAGGUGUGAGCACAGAAUCUACUCUAAACCAAGGGCCAGCUUAUGUCAGAUUCAACCACGGCCACGAGGAUGAGUUGCUGAAGCAGAAGGGUUUUCUGGAAGAAGAGAGAGAAAAAGUGAAGUGCAGAGAUAUUUACUCAGUUACACACUUGGUGAACUGACCACGGGAUUACAACCAUGGUCACGCUGAACGUUGGCACGUGCGUGUCCCCUCUAGGCAUCGUACGGAUAUUUGAGCUGAUUUCCACCUGUAUCUCCUUCAGCUUGGUGGCCAGUGUAGGUCACAGCACCAACACAUUCUGGACAUGGUGCAUGUUCACCUGGUGCUUCUGCUUCUGCGUCACCUUCCUUAUACUGGUACUGGAGUUCACCAGUGUCAGUGAAAAGCUGCCCAUCUCCUGGGAUGAUUUCACUACAGCUUUUGCCAUGUUGGCUACUCUGAUGUUGCUGUCAGCAUCUGUCAUCUACCCCUCUUUCUUCGCCUGCUCAAAGUGUGACCGACAGAUUGCCGCCUCUGUAUUUUCCUGUCUGGCCUUCCUCCUGUAUGCCAUUGAGGUCGGACUGACUCGCGCUAAACCGGGUGAAAUCAGUGGAUUUCUGGCCACAGUCCCGGGUCUCCUGAAAGUUCUAGAAGCCUUUGUGGCCUGCAUCAUCUUCAUCUGCUUAAACCGCAACUUCUACACAAGGUUUCCUGGACUCCAGUGGUGCGUAGCCGUCUACUCCAUCUGCUUUAUUUUCGCCGUCCUCAUCAUCCUAUGUACCAUUUGCCGCCUCUUAGCGCUCUUCCCGUUUCGUUUUGACAAAGUCCUGAUCGCCAUCAAUGUGCUGGCAGUGCUCAUGUACAUCACUGCUGUGGUCAUCUGGCCAUUGUACAGCUUCCGAAACAACCCCAGACCCAGCUUCUGUGUAAAAAAUGUCCGCUGUCCGUGGGAUAACUUAGUUGUUAUCACAUUCAUGACCUGUGUCAACCUCAUUGCUUACAUCGUAGAUACGGUUUACUCUUUCAGACUUGUUUUCUUCAUGGGGUAAACUUGACUUGGUUUAUACAUUUUUUAUUGUUAUUAGAGUUUCCACAGCUUACCAAAAACAUUUCUAUCCUAGAGUUAAUUUUGUCAACUAAUAUAUUCAUUUUUGGGAAAGAUGCAACUGGCCUUAACUUUAACUUUUUUCUCUUUUUUUCCACCAUAUUUUGACCUGAAUGUCUAUGAUUGCAGAAAUGUUUGGUGCUAAUAUUUGUCAUUUUCUUUCAUUUAAAUCAUGAAUAAAAUGUAUCCUAACUUUUGAGGGUUAUUGUGCAUGCUUAUCAGACUAAAACAUUGGGUAUCACCAAUAGUGGAACAUUUUUUUCAGUUGGUGUUUGCACGGGUGUGUCAGUGUGUGUACCCUGACCACAGACCAUCCCUUAUUUCUAUC